AUGACGUUCAAUAUAUGGUUAUUCUACGUUCUAUUAAAUUCUUCAAUCGUAUCUAUAUGGACGGCAUUUGCUCCUACUUUAAGAUAUCCUCUUUCGGUCCCUAUGAAUAAGAUUAUUUUAGUAAAUGCCACUUGCGAUUCGGAAAAUUUAAAUGUAUCUGUGUUAAUGCAAUCGCCGUUCAAAGGACUAAUUUUUGCAAAAGAUUUUGCACAAGAGUGCAAAUCUGUGGGCAGAUUUUCUGAUGAGCUCAAAAUUGGUUUACCAACCUCUGGUUGCGGAGUGAGACUCACAUCAGUUCACACAGAAGAAGGAUCAUUACGAAUGGUGUAUUCAGUGAAUCUGAUCAUACAACAAGAUAGACAUUUACGGCAAAUAAGCGAUCAAGAAAAAGUCGUAUACUGCGAUUUAAAAGAUAUUGACCUAUCGUUUAAAAGCAAAGCUUUAAUAAAAACUCUGAAGCAGGAGAUCAAGGGGGGCAAAUUGAUUAAAAGAAUUGGUCGAAUGAAAGAUGAAGGUUGGUCCAAAGAAUUAGAUGGAAAACAACUACAAGAUGAAAUAGAUGAAGCUCUAUCUGCAGCAAGGGCCUGGAUGGAAAUUGUUUCAGAAAACGACGACGACCGAGCUUCUGAUACACUUCAAGUUGGAGAAACUGCCUCGUUAAUUGUCAAAUCAACAUUACCAGUUGGUAUUGGCUGGAGGGUGAUAGAAUGUUUCGCUCAUGAUGGUCUUGGAGAUUCGUCUCAAAAACUUUCGAAUGAACAAGGUUGUCCAAUAGAUGAAUUGUUGAUGCCAGCUUUUAUUUAUGGUCCGAUUAGACCGAUGGCGUUGAUGCAACAUCAAGAGGCGAUAACAAGAUUUCCAGCAUUCAAAUUUCCCGAUAGAGAUCGACUUCAUUUAUCGUGCGGGCUGCAAGUGUGUAAAGGGGAGUGUCCCAAGGUGUCAUGUGGUAACGAUCUGGAAAAUAAUACACGGAAAGGAAAGACCUUUUCCGAUAUAACAGAUGGAGUUGUCAUUGAUAGAUUUGAAGUUUUCAAUAGUGUGGAAGUUCUAGCACCGGAAAUAGAUGAUCUUAGAAGUGACGGAAGGAUACCAGUUAACGAUCCAGAAAUGUAUCCGUUCACCAACUUACCAGGAGACAGGACAUUCUGUGUUUCUCAAGAUAAAAUGGCUAUAGCAUUUUGUAUUUUAGGAAUGAUAUUUCUGAUAGCCAUAGUUAUAUCUGCGUGUUCUUUAAUAAAAACGAAGAAAGACGGUAAUGGGUUUCCCUCUUAUUCGAGGAGCUUAUUUUCCGGAAGUAGUACUAGCGGGUCUGUAUUCGGUAGUAAACUGUUACUUAGAGACACUCCCAGUUUAAGACAUAGUUCGUCUUCUCAUUCUCGAGGAAUGCAAUACGGAAGAAUCCUGUGA